GACGGAGGGGGAGGGAGCUGUGAGGUCGGAGGCAUCGCUUGGUGCUCGCUGCCGCUUCAGGAACAGUCGGCAGCGAGCGGCGGCGGCGGCAGCAGCAUCAGCAUCAGGGAAGCCGGCCAUGGAGUGAGGCUGCUUCCCAGCCAGACUGCAGGGCAAUAAUUUGACCAAGACAGCACAAGAUAAAUCCAGCCUCUCUGUUGACUGUUCCACAAAAACAAGAUGGCCGGUUCCUCCGUGAAGGUAGCGGUGAGAGUGCGGCCUUUCAACUCCAGAGAAAUUGGCCGAGAAAGCAAAUGUAUUAUUCAGAUGUCAGGAAACACAACGACUAUUGUUAACCCGAAGCAACCCAAGGAGGCUCCCAAGAGUUUCAACUUCGACUACUCCUACUGGUCCCACACUACGCCUGCCGAUAUCAACUAUGCAUCACAGCAGCAAGUAUACCGUGACAUUGGCGAGGAGAUGCUGCAGCACGCCUUCGAGGGCUACAAUGUCUGCAUCUUCGCCUAUGGACAGACUGGUGCCGGCAAAUCCUAUACCAUGAUGGGCAAACAGGAGAAGGAACAACAAGGAAUCAUCCCUCAGUUGUGUGAAGACCUCUUUGCCAGAAUUAAUGACAGUGCAAAUGCGAAUCUUUCCUACUCUGUGGAAGUCAGUUAUAUGGAGAUUUACUGUGAGCGUGUGCGAGACUUACUGAACCCUAAAACCAAAGGAAACCUUCGCGUUCGAGAGCAUCCAAUUCUAGGCCCUUAUGUGGAGGAUCUCUCUAAACUUGCGGUGACCUCCUACAAUGACAUCUCAGACCUCAUGGACUCGGGCAACAAAGCCAGGACUGUGGCUGCCACAAACAUGAAUGAGACCAGCAGCCGAUCUCACGCUGUGUUCAAUAUCAUCUUCACGCAGAAAACACAUGACUCCAGUGCCGACUCCACCUCUGAGAAGGUGAGUAAAAUCAGUUUGGUUGAUCUUGCUGGAAGUGAAAGGGCAGAUUCUACAGGAGCAAAGGGAACACGGUUAAAGGAAGGAGCAAAUAUCAAUAAGUCCUUGACAACUCUGGGCAAAGUCAUCUCAGCAUUGGCAGAGGUGGAUUCCGGAUCAAACAAGAACAAGAAAAAGAAGAAAACAGAUUUCAUCCCGUACAGAGACUCUGUGCUAACAUGGCUGUUACGAGAGAACCUUGGGGGCAACUCUCGGACUGCCAUGGUGGCUGCACUUAGUCCUGCGGACAUCAACUAUGACGAGACACUCAGCACUCUGAGAUAUGCGGACCGUGCCAAGCAGAUCCGAUGCAAUGCCGUCAUUAAUGAGGACCCCAACAACAAGCUGAUCCGGGAAUUGAAGGAUGAGGUUUCCAGACUGAGGGAUCUCCUCUGCACUCAGGGAUUGGGCGACAUUAUUGAUCUGUCCGGAAUGGUGGCUGGAGUGAGCCCCUCGCCGUCCCUGUCUGCUCUGUCCAGUCGCGCUGGCUCCGUGUCCAGCCUACAUGACCGGCUCAUGAUUGCCCCUGGCAGUGAGGAAGCCAUUGAACGGCUCAAGGAGACAGAGAAAAUAAUCGCUGAACUGAAUGAAACAUGGGAGGAGAAACUGCGCCGAACAGAAGCUAUAAGAAUGGAAAGAGAGGCAUUGCUUGCAGAGAUGGGGGUGGCCAUGCGUGAAGAUGGUGGUACCUUGGGCGUUUUCUCUCCUAAGAAGACUCCUCAUCUGGUGAACUUGAAUGAAGAUCCUCUGAUGUCUGAGUGCCUUCUGUACUAUAUCAAAGAUGGGAUCACAAGAGUUGGGCGUGAAGAUGCAGAACGCCGGCAGGAUAUAGUACUAAGUGGACAUUUCAUUAAAGAAGAGCAUUGCAUCUUCCGCAGUGAUGUCAAGCCGUCAGGUGAAGUGAUUGUCAUUCUUGAACCAUGUGAAGGAGCAGACACAUACCUCAAUGGAAAGCAAGUGACUGAACCGACUGUACUUAGAUCAGGAAACCGUAUUAUCAUGGGGAAGAGCCACGUUUUCCGGUUCAAUCACCCUGAACAGGCACGCCAGGAGCGCGACAAGACACCUUGUGCAGAAACACCGGUUGAGCCUGUGGAUUGGGCUUUUGCCCAGCGAGAAUUGCUGGAGAAGCAGGGCAUUGACAUGAAGCAGGAGAUGGAACAAAGGCUUCAAGAACUAGAGACCCAGUACCGGAGAGAAAAGGAGGAAGCUGAUUUACUGUUGGAACAACAGCGGCUGGACUAUGAAAGCAGACUAGAAGCUUUACAAAAGCAGAUGGAUUCCUGUUUUUACCAAGACAAUGCACAGGAAGAUGAAGAACCAGAGGAGGAAGUGCAAUGGACGGAGCGGGAGUUUGAGCUGGCACUGUGGGCAUUCCGUAAGUGGAAGUGCUACCAGUUUACAUCCUUGCGGGACCUGCUUUGGGGCAAUGCCAUCUUCCUGAAGGAGGCCAAUGCUAUUAGCGUCGAGCUGAAGAAAAAGGUGCAAUUCCAAUUUGUGCUCCUCACGGACACACUAUACUCCCCUCUGCCUCCUGACCUCAUGCCCCCAGAUGCAGUUAAGGACAGAGAGAAGCGUCCAUUUCCACGCACUAUUGUGGCCGUGGAAGUCCAAGACCAGAAGAAUGGAGCAACACACUACUGGACCCUGGAGAAGCUCAGGCAGAGACUGGAUCUAAUGCGUGAGAUGUAUGACCGUGCUGCUGAAGUGCCUUCCAGUGUGGUUGAUGACUGUGAUAACGUUAUGACCGGUGGGGAUCCAUUUUACGAUCGUUUCCCAUGGUUCCGGUUGGUCGGAAGAGCAUUCGUUUAUCUCAGUAACCUGCUAUACCCCGUGCCACUAGUGCACCGUGUGGCAAUAGUCAGUGAGAAGGGAGAAGUCAAGGGAUUUCUACGUGUGGCCGUCCAGGCCAUUUCUGCUGAUGAGGAAGCCCCAGACUAUGGUUCUGGGGUUCGACAAUCAGGAACAGCUAAGAUUUCCUUUGAUGACCAGCACUUUGAGAAGUUUCAGUCGGAUUGCUGUACAGCUGGAAUGUCACGCUCGGGCACGUCUCAGGAGGAGCUGCGCAUUGUUGAAGGGCAAGGUCAGUCCAGCGAUUCAGGCCCUUCAGCUGAUGAGGUUAACAACAACACCUGCACAGCCACUCAGGAGGAGCUGGAGAGUCCAGUGAAGUCACCGGUAGAUGCACAGGUAGAUGGUAUAGUAGAACAUCUCAGGAUUGGCAGCAACUUCACUUUCAGAGUGACUGUCUUACAGGCAUCAAGUAUCUCAGCUGAAUAUGCCGACAUCUUCUGCCAAUUCAAUUUCAUCCAUCGCCAAGAGGAAGCCUUUUCAACAGAACCAUUAAAAAACACAGGCCGAGGACCCCCACUUGGUUUCUAUCACGUGCAGAAUAUUGCAGUGGAGGUGACCAAAUCCUUCAUAGAGUAUAUCAAGACCCAACCUAUUGUCUUUGAGGUAUUUGGACACUACCAACAGCAUCCAUUCCCGCCUCUCUGCAAGGACCUCAUCAGCCCCUUAAGACCAUCUCGACGGCAGUUCCCUCGGGUGAUGCCCUUAUCUAAACCAGUGCCAGCAACCAAGUUAAGCACCAUGAGCCGACCCACGGCAGGGCAGUGUCAGGGCAAGUAUGACCUGCUGGUAUUCUUCGAGAUCUGUGAGCUGGAGGCUACUGGAGAGUAUAUUCCCGCUGUAGUCGACCACAGAGGUGGAAUGCCCUGUCAUGGAACUUUCUUACUACACCAGGGAAUCCAGAGGAGGAUAACGGUGACGAUCGUGCAUGAGACUGGAAGUGAUAUACAUUGGAAGGAAGUGCGAGAGUUGGUUGUAGGUCGGAUCCGGAACACUCCAGAGUCAGAUGAUUCUGUCAUCGAUCCCAACAUCCUGUCCUUGAAUAUUUUAACGGCAGGCUACACACAUCCAUCCCUGGAGGAUCGGCAAUUUCUUGAUUCGGAUAUGCCUAGAACUUUUUACCGAUUUGAAGCAGGCUGGGACAGCUCCAUGCACAACUCCCUGCUGCUCAACAGAGUGACCCCAUAUGGAGAGAAGAUAUACAUGACGUUGUCUGCAUAUUUGGAGAUGGAGAACUGCACACAGCCCACUGUCAUCACCAAAGACUUCUGCAUGGUUUUCUACACCCGUGACGCCAGGCUACCAGCCUCCCGCUCCAUCCGUAACCUCUUUGGCAGUGGAACCCUCAAGCCUUCAGAAAGUAACCGAGUGACCGGUGUGUAUGAACUAAGCCUGUGCCGGGUGGCAGACGCUGUGAGCCCAGGCAUGCAGCGAAGACGCAGGCGGGUCCUCGACACUUCAGUUGCUUACGUCCGUGGCGAAGAGAAUCUAGCUGGAUGGCGACCUCGAAGUGAUAGCCUCAUUCUGGACCACCAGUGGGAAUUGGAGAAACUCAGCCUAUUACAGGAGGUGGAAAAGACGAGACACUAUCUGCUAUUGCGUGAGAAGUUGGAGACCAUGUUGAGGUCUGGCUGUGAAUCUGUAUCGUCAUACACCAGUGAAGACCUUAGUGAAUCCCAGAGCAUCUCAUCAUAUAGCUUGCACUCAACAGGAAGCAAUGACAUUCCACCCUCCAGCUAUACCACCACCGAGCGCCAGAAAGAAUUAGCAGCUAAGUGCCUCCGACUCUUGUCCCACACAUUCAACCGGGAGUAUAGCCACGUCUGUAUCAGUGCCAGUGAGAGCAAGCUCUCUGAGAUGUCUGUUACAUUGACGAGGGACACAUCAUUCUCUGCACUGAGCAAUACCACGCUGCCUCCAUCUUCCACCUGUCCUUCUUUACUGGAAGGGCAGUUUAUCUCAGAGCUGAGGACCCCUGAAAACCAAUCCAGAGCGAUUAGUCCAGAUCCUGAUGCAGUACAAGAUGGAAUACCCAAGAAAUCUCCUGUGCAGGGCAAGGACGAGAAAGGAGGCCCUCGCAUGUUUGUGGCUGAUAUCCAGGAGAUUCGAGUGAGUCCUAUUGUGUCGAAGAAAGGGACCCUGCAUUUCCUAGAGCCCCAGACUAACGGCUGGGUGAAGCGCUUUGUGGUUGUGAGGAGGCCGUAUGUUUACAUUUAUAACUCCGAUAAGGACACGGUGGAGAGGGCGAUCCUGAACCUGUCGGCUGCACAGGUGGAGUACAGUGAGGAUCAGCAAGCCAUGCUGAAGACUCCCAACACCUUUGCUGUGUGCACUGAACAUCGUGGGAUACUGCUACAAGCAUGCAAUGAUAAAGAGAUGCAAGACUGGCUUUAUGCCUUCAACCCCCUCCUUGCUGGUUCAAUCAGGUUCAGUGCAACACACGAAGAAGACAACCCUGCCUGACUCCAGACCUGAUGGGGGAGCUAUCCAGCCCCCAUCCAUUGAUUUGGACUACAUUACAGAUUUCAGUGUAUUGGUCCGAUUUCUGAUUCCUCGCCAAAACACAUUUUGGAGAGCACAUCCAUCACAUGUGAUAUCCUAUUGAAGGCCCUCUCUUGGUCCAAGACAACAAGGCAGAAAUCUCACUCUCUGUCCAGCAUAUACGUGAUGGAAUCGAAGGGCCAGAACAGCCUGCUCUACGCUUUAUCACUACAUAAAUAAACAAAAUAAAUUCCCAGAACAGUAAGGCUGCCAAAGAUUUUCCUGCCAGAUACACCACAGGUUUGGUUGGGUGGAACACUUGUCCCGUAGCUUAAUUUGACUCUGGCAAUGGCCUGGGAAAAAAUUUUAAAAUCCAUUAUAAUCUCACAAUGGGUCUUCAUUCCAACAUUUUUUCCACAUUCUGAUAUUUGGUCUGAACAUCAACUGAACCUCUUGACCAUGUCUGCAUGCUUUUAUGCAUUGAGUUGCUGCCACAUGAUUAGCUGAUUAAAUAUUUGUAUUAAUGAGCGGGUGUACUAAUGAAGUGGCCACUGAGUGUAUCUCUAAUGAAGGGUCCUUGCCCUGAAAAGUUGACUCGUCUUUGCUCCCCAUGGAUGCCAUUCAACUUCCUGAGCAUUUCAUCUGUUCUUUGUCAUUCAUUUGGGCUUCCAUCAUCUGCAGUUCCUUUUUAUUCCAAAUAAGAUUUUGAGUAUUCUGGGCUGCAUGAGGUAGUUAUAGUGAGGGCUGAUGGAAUGUUAUCAUUGUGAAACUUGAACUCUAUUCUCCCUCUGCUGUGUGGAGCAUUUCCAACAGUUCAGUUACACCAAAUAGUUUUCCAGUGAGAAAUAUUGUCUAUGACACAGAGUAGAGCAAUGGAGUAUUUAGGAGGAGUAUUUUGAGGGGGGUGGGCGACAUAUAACACUGUUAGAGUGAGGAAUAUGAGCUAUAUCAGGCUGAUUUAGUAGUGAGGAAUGUGGCAGUAUCAGGCAGUCAUGCAGUGAGGGAUGUGGGCUUUAUCAGGCAGUACUACAGUAAACAGUGAGCUAUUCCAGGCAAUAAUAUAGUGAGGGAUGUGGAUCUCAGACACUACAGUGAGGGAUGUGAGCUAAAUGAGACACUGUUACAGUGAGGGAUCUGGAUAUCAGACACUGUUAGAGUGAGGGAUGUGGGUUAUAUCAGAUAGUAAGGCUGUGGGGACUGCACAUCAGGCCAGAUUUGGUCAAAUAGAAAUGAAAUUAAGCUAAGCCAAUAUGAUGUCCAGCAGAAAUAGACAGUCAGAAACACAAACAUAAAGAAAGAAUUUGAGAUAGAGGUCUGCAACAUGCCCAAAUGGAGCACAGAGCUUAGUACAGCACAGCACAGACUUUUCAGCCCAGGAUAUUGUGUCACCGUUAAACCUACUCCAAAAUCAAUCUAACCCACUUAGCCCUCUGUUUUUUUUCCAUGUACCUAUCUAAGAGUUUCUGAAAUGUCCCUGAUGUAUCUGCCACCACCACCACACCUUGCAGUGCUUUCAAUGGUUUCAAAAGUACAUUUAAUGUCAGAGAAAUGUAUAGAAUAUACAUCCUGAAAUUCUUUUACUUCACAAACAUCCACGAAAACAGAGGAGCACCCCAAAGAAUGAAUGACAUUUAAAUGUUAGAACCUGGAAGAAACCCCCUCCCAUACAUACACAGCCGCAAAACAACAACCCCCUCUCCCCCACCAGCAAAAAGCAAUAGCGCCCCCCAUCGAGCACUCAAGUGUGCAGUAAAACAUCAAUAAAGACACAGAUUUGAAAUACCCCAAAGACUACUCGUUCACCCGGUAUUCGACAUACCACAGGUUCUCUCUCUCUCCCUAAUAAGGGAAAAAGAGAUGUCUCCAUUUCACAGUGAGAGGGGAGACAAACAACUCGCUGAUUUAUGAUACUAAAAGUCUGUUUCAUCACCUCUUCUAAGCUCUGUGCCCAAAGAACUCGGGCACACAGCCAGCAGCCAGCUUGCUGAUUUCCAUCUUCCGUCUCCUACAACACACCAGUUUCCUGCGGCAGCACCAACCUCGAGUCUGCCUGCCUCCAGGGCCACAAAAUCCCAGAACCCUGAGGGCAUGCUAGUCUUCUAGGUGGCAUCUUGGCAUAUCAAACAGCGGCCAGUCGUGAGACCCGAGAGCGGGUCCCAUUCCCUUACCACUCUAUAUAUAAUAAAAACCUACAUCCCCCCCCCUCAUACUUUCCUCCAAUAUCCUUAAAAUGAUGCCCUUUUGACUUAACCAUUGACACUCUAGGGAGAAGGAUGCUGGCUGUCCACUCUAUCUAAGCCUCCUAUCAUCUUAUACACCUCUGUAAAGUCAUUUAUCAUCCUCCUUUGUUCCAAAAAGAAAAGCCCAAGCUCACUCAACCUUUUCUCAUGAGACAUUCUCUCUAGUCCAGGCAGAAACCUGGUAAAUCUCUCCACAUGCUCUAAAGCUCCAAUGUCCUUUCAAAAAUGAAGUGACCACAACUCAACACAGUAUUUCAAGAGUGGUCACAACCAGAGUUUAUAGAGCUCUAACAUUACCUCAAGUUCCUUGAACUCAAUCUUCCGACGCACAAGACAAUGCAGCAUACACCUUAUUAACUUCUCCAUCAACUUACAGUUUGUGGCAUCUUUGAGGGAUUUAUGGACGUGGACUCCAAGAUCCCUUUGUUCCCCUAUACUGCUAAAAUCCGGCCAUUAAUAUUGUACUCUGCCUUCAAAUUUUACCUUCCAAGGUCUAUCGUUUCAGACUUGUUCAGAUUGAACUCUAUCUGCCACUUCUCAGUCCAGCUCUUCAUCCAAUCAACAUCUCUAUGUAACCCACAACAACCUUCUACACUACCCACAACUCCACCAACCUUUGUGUUAUUUGCAAACUUAGUAACCUACUCUUCCUCUUCCUCAUCUAUGUCACAGAGUCAUAGAAAAAUACAGCACAGAAACAGGCUCUUCACCAAGCCAUUUAAACUGCCUAUUCCCAUUGACCUGCAGUGUGACCAUAUCUCUCCAUACCCCUACCAUCCAUGCACCUCUCUCACUUGGAAAUACACACCAGAUUAAAUUCUGGAACUCAGUACCUAAACCCAAUUUAUGAGAACUUUUACCAUAAAGAUCAAUUAGGAAAAUCUAUUUCAGUCUUGUCAGCAGUGGCUAAAUAUUAUGUACCAAUUUUUUUUUAAGUUGUAGGUAUAUCAGGUAUGAUAUGGUGAGGGUUAUGAGGUAGACUAGAUAGUUAUAUUGAAGUUGGGAUUUGGAGUUUCAGUGAAGGAUAAACUUCAUAUUAGAAAGUGUAAUUGUGAAAACUGCAAUUGAUAUCAGCAUUACAGUGUUAUGGGUUUAUUACUGUACUGUUGAGUUUGAUGAAUUGUGACAUGUGACAGAGUAUCAUACCAAUGGUAGUGAAUAGAACAUAAGGCCAUAAGAUAUAGAAACAGAAUUAGGCCAUUUGACCCAUCGAGUCUGCUCCACCAUUUCAUCAUGGUUGAUCCAAUUUUCCUCUCAGCCCUCAUCUCCCGCCUUCUUCUCGUAUCCUUAGAUGCCCUGACCAAUCAAGAAUCUAUCAACCUUUGCCGUAAGUAUACAUAAAGACUUGGCCUCCACAGCUACCUGUGGCAAAGAAUUCCACAGAUUCACCACUCCCUGGCUAAAGAAAUUACUCCUCACCUCCAUUCUAAAAGGACACCUCUCUUUUCUGAGGCUGUGUCCUCUGGUCUUAGACUCUUCCACCAUAGGAAACAUCCUGUCCACAUGCUCUCUAUCAAAGCCUUUCACCAUUCGAUAGGUUUCAAUGAGGUCACCCCUCAUACUUCUGAAUUCCAGUGAAUACAGGCCCAGAGCCGUCAAACGCUCUUCAUAUGACAAGCCAUUCAAUCCUGGAAUCAUUUUUGUGAACCUCCUUUGAACCCUCUCCAGUUUCAGCACAUCCUUUCUUAGAUAAGGGACCCCAAACUGCUCACAAUACUCCAAGUGAGGCCUCACCAGUGCUUUAUAAAAUCUCAAUAUUACAUCCUUGCUUUUAUAUUCUGGUCUUCUUGAAAUGAAUGCUAACAUUGCAUUUGCCUCUUCACCACAGACUCAACUUAAAAAUUAACCUGCACAAGGACUCCCAAAUCCUUUUGCACCUCAGUUUUUGUAUUUUCUCUCCAUUUAGAAAAUAGUCAACCCUUUCAUUUCUUCAGCCAAAGUGCAUGACCAUACACUUCUUGACACUGUAUUCGGCCAUUUCUUUACCCCUUCUCCUAAUCUGUUUAAGCCUUUCUGUAGCCUCUCUACUUCUUCAAAACCACCUGCCCCUCCACCAAUCUUAAUAUCAUCUAUAAACUUUGCAACAAAGCCAUUAAUUCCAUCAUCUAAAUCACUGAUGUAUAACGUAAAAAGGAUCAAAACCAACACAGAUCCCUGUGGAACACCAUUAGUCACCAGCAGCCAACUAGAAAAGGCUCCCUUUAUUCCCACUCUUUGCCUCCUGCCAAUCAGCCACUGCUUUAUCCAGACUAGAAUUUCCAUGUAAUACCAUGGGCUCAUAGCUUGUUAAGUAGUCUCAUGUAUAGCACCUUGUCAAACGCCUUCUGAAAAUCCAAGAACACAACAUCAACCAGUUCUCCUUUGUCUAUCCGGCUUGAUAUUUCUUCAAAGAAUUCCAACAAAUUUGUCAGGCAAGAUUUCCACUUGUUGAGGAAAUCAUGCUGACUAUGGCCUAUUUUAUCAUGUACCUCCAAGUAUCCUGACACUUCAUCCUUAACAAUUGACUCCAACAUCUUCCCAAUCUCUAAGGUCCAACUAACUGGCCUAUAAUUUUCUUUCUUCUGCCUCUCUCCCUCCUUGAAGAGUGCAGUGACAUUUGUAAUCUUCUAGUCUUCUGGAACUAUGCCAGAACCUAGUGAUUCUUGAAAGAUCAUUAUUAAUGCUCCACAAUCUCUUCAGCCACCUCACUCAGAAACCUGGGUUUUUGACCAUCUGGUCCAGGUGACUUAUCUACCUUCAGACCUUUCAGUUUCUGAAGAAUCUUCUCUCUGGUAAUGGUAACUUCACAUACUAAAUGACCCCUGACACAUGGAACUUCCACCAUACUGCUAGUGUCUUCCACAGUGAAAUCUGAUGCAAAACACUUAUUCAGUUCAUCUGCCAUUUCCUUGCUCCCCCAUUACUACCUCUCCAGCACUGUUUUCCAGCGGUCUGAUAAUCCACUCUUGCCUCUAUUUUACACCUUGUGUAUUGAAGAAACUUUGGUAUCCUCUUUAGUAUUAUUGGCUAGCUUACUUUCAUAUUCCAUCUUUGCCUUCUUAAUGAAUUUUAAUUGUUUUCUUUUAGUUUUUAGAAGCUUUCCAAUCCUUUAACUUCCCACCAGUUUAUGCUCCAUUACAGUCAACCUUCACUAAUCCAACUACCUGCAAUCUGGCACUCCUCAGAUCCCAAUGAUGCUGGAUUAGUGAAGGCUAACUAUUGCUUAAUGUGAUUAAUGUGUAAUUCAGCAUUUUCACUAAUCCAGCACUCCUCAGAUCCCAACCAUGCCAGAUUAGUGAAGGCCGACCUGUACAUGCCCUCUCUUGGGCUUUUAAUUUGGCUCUGACUUCCCUUGGUAGCUAUGGUUUAUCAUCCUUCCCUUAGCUUACUUCUUCCUCUUUGAGAUCUAUAUUUCAUGUGCCUUCCGAAUUGCUUCCAAUUACAGCCAAUGUCGCUCUGCCAUCAUCCCUGCUAGUGUUCUUUUCCAAUCAGUUCUGGCCAACUCCUUUCUCAUGCCUCUAAUUCCCUUUCCUCCUAUGUAAUACUGAUACAUCUGACUUCAGCUUCUUCUCAAAUUUCAGGAUGAAUUCGAUCAUAUUAUGAUCCCUUCUCCCCUAAGGGUUCUUUUACCUUAAGCUCUCUAAUCAAUUCUGUUUCAUUUCAUAACACCCAAUCCAGAGUAGCUGUUGAGCUGUUGCUUCAGUGGGCUUCACCACAAGCUGCUGUAAAAAGCCAUCUUAUAGGCACUCUAGAAAUUCUUGGAAUCCAACACCAACCUGAUUUUCCCGAUCUACCUGCAUAUUUAAGUCACCCAUGACUAUUGUAACAUUGCCAUUUCAGUGUGGAUUUUUAUCUCACUUUAUAGGCCACAUCCAAAUUACUGUUUUGGGGGUCUGUAUACAACUCCCAUCAGGGUCUUUUUUCCCUUGCAGUUCCUUAGCUCCAUCCACAAUGGUUCAACACCUUCUCACCCUAUGUCAACUCUUGUGAUUUGAUUUCAUUUUUUUUUUAUCAACAGAGUAACGCCACCCCCACUGCUUCCUGCCUGUCCUUUCAAUACAAUGUGUAUCCUGGGGACGUUAAGCUCUCAGCUAUAAUCUUCUUUCAGCCAUGAUUCAGUGAUACCUACAAUAUCAUACAUGCCAGUCUGUAACUGUGCCACUAGUUCAUCAACCUUAUUUUGUAUGCUGUGCGCAUUUAAAUAUAACACCUUCAGUCUGGUAUUCACCCUUUUCAAUUUUGACCACCUUUUACAUUACAACUCAUCCUGUUGACUGCAGUUUUACCCUAUCAGCAGCCUCUCCUCACUACACAUUGCUUCUGUAAACCAGAUACCUCAUCUUCAGCACUACAAUCUGCCUUUCCUACCAUACUUCUUGCAUUGAAACAUAAGCAGCUCAGAACACUAGUCACACUAUGCUCAACCUUUUGAAUCCUGACUUUGAGCUCUUACCAACAUCUGUCUCCACAACCUCUCCACUAACUCUUCUGGGACUCUGGUUCCCAUCCCCUUGCAACUCCAGUUUAAACCCCACCUGCAUUAUUAACAAAUCUUCUUACUAGGCUAUUAGUCCCCUUCUAGUUCAGGUGCAAACUGCUCCUUCUGUACUUUGUUAUGAAAUUCCCGUAACUGGAUCACUUACCAGCAAAGAUAGAGAGGUCCGUUGAAGUCUGAUGGUACUAUUUUUAAAAGCAUUUAUCGAUAAAGGGCAAAAAAAGAAGAUUAAUGCAAACAUACAGAUAAUAUACAUCGUCAAUACUAAAUCUAAGAGCAGGUAUCAUAAUAACCGAUUAAAAAAUAACUCUAUGUCACUAUCAGUUCGUUCAAGCUGCAGCGUUGUUGGGUUUAAAAGUGAUGCGGUUUAAACUUGCCCAAGUCUUUUAUGAUGUCACUGCAUUGAGUCAAGGGAGCAGGUUCACAGUUGUUAGCUAAAAAGCCAUUUUCCGUGGUUUCAGCCACCAAUUCCAGCCACGGAAUUGAACACACGUGGCUUGGUUUCCGAUGACCGUCUGCUGUUACGUGGUCGCUUAACGUUUCUUCUGGUGCGUCUGAGGGGUUGGUCCAACAGACCCUCUUUUAUUCUGACUCUCAGGGUCAUAGAUGUCAAUCAGGUUGGGGGUGAUGCAAUCUCUCCCUCAACCAGCCCACUUUGCCCGAGGGCAUUCACGUAGCAGAGCAUCUCAAUCCACAAAUCUGUCUCCAAGAGACAGUGGCCAUCACCCAUAGCUUUACAUCGCUAUGGGGGGGGGGGGGAGAAACGUGACAUCCUGCACGUCUCCCCCUCAUGUCUUGGGCCUCCCGUUUGACUCAACCCAACAGUGAUCUGGCGAUUCUCACAAAGGAGGGGGCUAUGGACCUAACAAUAGGUACCACCUUCCCUGGAAGAGAGCCCAUUGAUCCAAAAAUCUUAUGCCCUCCCUCCUGCACACUUAGCCACUUACUAAACUGUAUAAUCUUCCUAGUUCUAGCCUCCCUAGCACAUGGCACGGUUAGUUAUCACAAUCCUGGAGGUCCUGCCGUUUAACUUAGCACCCAACUCCCUGCUCUCCCUAUGCAGAACCUCUUCAGCCACCCUGCCCAUGUCAUUGGUACCUAUAUGGACCACAAUUUCUGGCUGCUUUCCCUCCCACUUAAGAAUACUGAGGACCUGAUCCGAGGUAUCCCAGACCCUGCCAUCUGGGAAGCAAUAUACCAUCCGGGAAUCUCAUUCUCACCCACAGAAUCUUCUGUCCAUUCCCCUAACUAAUAAAUCCCCUAUCACCACAGUGUGCCUCUUCUUUCCCCCUUCCCUUCUGAGUCACAUAGGUGCUAGAGACCCAACUACUGUGACUUUUCUCUGUUAGGUCAUUCCCCCCGACAAUAUCCAAGGUGAUAUACUUACUGUUGAGGGGGAUAGCCACAGGGGUACUCUUCACUGACUCCUUAACCCCUUUUCCCUUGCUAACUGUCACCCAGUCUCCUGUGUCUUGCACCUUGCAUGUAACUAACUCUCUAAAUGGCCCAUCUGUCACCUCCUCAAUGUGCAGCAUGUGAAUCUGUUAGUGUAAGACGUAUGAGUGUAUCAGGGAGUGUUAUCAUUGUAUAAUUGUGUUAUUAUUGUAGACAAUGUUCUAAACAAUGUUGUUGCCUGUUCUAAAGAGCCUACCUUUAUCUUGCAGGUCAAAGCUGUCCAGACGGAGGAGCAGUCAGAUGCGGAUCUGACAGGGAUCCAAGCACCAGUUACAGAAUUCCACUUCAGACAUCAGAUUGGACUCUUAUGUACAUAGUCAACUUAGCCUUUCCAACGUUGAUGUGAAUGCCCGUCUAAAAUGCCUGCUCUACGUGUAGUAAUUUAUUGAGGAUUAAAAAUUAAUAGUUGUGUGAAAGCAAAAACCGUGUCGCUGGCGCCAGGGAGUGCCAUGUUCCGUGUGCGUGUGAUGCUCUGUGUAUCUUCAGCAAGCGGUUAGACAUCAGUGACGAACGAGCUCCUUGUCAUGGGCACUGGAUGCUGUCUGCUUCUUAUGUUUCCAUUUAGAGGAAGGGAUGAACUGGGGGUGGGGGUGGGGGGGGGUAGGUGAGGUGUGAGGAAGACAGUGAAGGCAGUCUUUGGCAUCCAAACAAUUCCCACAGAGAAGAGGCUGAUUGGAAAGUGCUAUCCUCUUUAUGGGUCCAUGAGGCCUCUGGGAAUAAACAGAGGAGUUGAUGGGCAAACUGAAGAGGAGCCUGAAACAAUCUGUAAAGCUCCUUAUUGGUUGGUUCGUCCUGGCCAAAGCCCCAUGUUGAUCUGAAUCUACUUGAAGGUGAAUCGUACCUCACAGAGAGCUCCAUGGACAGAGAGAGUCUGUGGCCAAGAAGAACUGGCAGGUUAUUUGCCACAGGGAGGGGAAGAAUGAUCUAUUUGGACAAAUGAACGCUAAAGGAGAUUUACAAAACUGGAAUUAUGGAGUAGUAAAAAGGUGAAUAUUGUAUAUAUUUCACGUGUAGCUCUAUACUGAUAAUGUAUUCUUAAUCGUUAAUAAGAAUUGUUAUCGUUGAAGUUGAAUAGUAUUGUCUGCCCCUCCUCCCCAGCUGCAAAUAUUUAGAUAGCUGUUUGUUGUGUUAGAGUUUUCAUGAACCAGUCAGCACCCCCACAAUUGCUGGGUCUGAAGGAUUCAAGCAGAGAAAUUUGACUUUGGUCACCCAAGUGCAAGCAGGAAAACCAACUGCCAGACAUACUCCGCGCCAUUUGGUUCUGAAUAUGGUGGUGUGCAGGGCUGGCAGUGACAUCUAGUGUCACUAUCCUUAAACAAAUUACUCUCAGUGUUUUGUAAAUUAGUGGCUGUCGAAACAAACUGCACUGGUUUGUUGUCCCUUCCCUGUGGAUGAGAUCCUGACAGCCUGAAGACCAUACCAGCACAGCCCUCGAUAGUUGACCCUCAAUAGACGAGACAUAAUGGAGCAGAUAGGGGACGGGAGGCAGGAAUACAAUGAUUCAGUUAGGGUUUUUUUUUAUGGUUUACAUCAGCUGGUUCUAACUACCAAUGUUACUACCUUGCUGUCCCCACAGGAGUGUGUAUUUUUUGUUUGGGUGGUGCAGUGGCUGGAGAACCUGAAGCCAUCUUGAGUAGUUCGCUCCAGUUGACUCAGAUUUAUCAUUAGCAAUGGGCAAUCCCAGAUGCAUCUGUCUUCGAGCUUACAAGCCAUGUAUAGAUUGUUACACAUUUAAUCUCCCCCGUGCAACACAAUUUUAUUUACCAACAGAAUUGAUCACCAGCUGGCAGCUACCUUUCCCAGUGUUAUAAGCAAGUAGGGUAUUCAAGCCAAGUGGGGCAUGGGGCUCUUGAUCAGGACGGAGCCAUUCCAACAUGCUAAUAGAACUGCAGGGUUGUGAGGAAUGGAAGUGUUGCUUGAGGUAUUGGUCAGUGGAGCCCCAACAAGCACAGUUCUCUGUGAGCUGUCAGAGCACGGCGAUAAACACCUCCACAAGUUCCCCAUGGUGCUUUAUUUAAACCAAAAAUACUAUAACCAACUUCCCCCAUCCUCAACCGGUGGGAAAGGAUACACAAUCUGCUGCUCGGGUCACUACAAUACCUUAAGUCUAGCACUAAGUAAAAGUUGUGUCUUAAGGUUGAUGUUUAAUUAAAAGAAAUUACUGCUAUGCAUAUAUUGCACCCUUGACUUUUAUGUUCUAUGUAAACAAUAAAACAAGACGAACGAACGCAGGCAGAAUGAAUCGCUGCUAAAUAAGACACCUCAAAGUAGUUCCAACUGAAGUGAGAACUAACUUUGAGGAUUGAGAUUAUAUGUUGGAUUUUAUGGUUGGGUCUUUGGUUAACCCAAAGCCCUUGACAGCUGGAAGUUAUCUGGGUCCUGGUCAGUAUCCUUCCAGCAUUUUAGAUACCGUGCCUCAGUGGAAGCUUGUCAAACCAAGGAAGCAAUUUACCAUUCAUAACAGAAUUUUCAAUUGCACAUUGGUGUGUGUGCGUGUGUGUCCCACACCUGUGGUGAACUGCUGCAUCGUCCGCGUCACUUGUCGUUCGCUGCGUGUCAGUUGGGUGAUAAUGCUGCUUCUCACGUUCAGUGCACAACAACACUGUCCUGCUGCAAUGUACGUUCACAUUGCCCCGCCACACUCUCUCACCCCAAACCACCCCUUCCCUACUUCAGUGGCAAUUACUUCCCUCUCUGUGUAUUUAUAUCUGAAGUGUGCUUUUCCUGAUCAGUGUAUGCUCAGUCACUUUAACUAUAGAUUCUCAUCUGGGGAAGCCUGAUGUCUGACUCACAUGUCACUGGUGUCGGUAAUGCCUUGUCAUGGGUAUAAAGUUAUGUGCAAAUGCACAGCAUUGUCUGAAUUUUCAUUUGCAUUCAAACUUCCACCUCUGGCAAUGCAAUACAUCAAGAAAGGGGGAGUGCCCUUUGGAAUCACAGGUAGUGCAACGAAUUUUCCCCGUAUGAAGCAUGGAUGAGAAAGGAGUGUGCAUUCUGAUUUUUCAGUAAUGCUACCAUUGGGCACUGAUCAAGCAAGUAGUGGGCCUGUUGCUGUGUUUGGAAGUACACACCAAUGCACAACAAAAUGCUGUGGCUAGAUAGUUUGAAACUUUCUCCACUGGGACAGAUUUCUGAAAACAGGGAAUUAAGAGUAAGGGGUAGGCCAUUUAGAACAGAGAUGCGGAAAAACUUUUUCACCCAGAGAGUGGUGGAUAUGUGGAAUGCUCUGCCCCAGAAGGCAGUGGAGGCCAAGUCUCUGGAUGCUUUCAAGAGAGAGUUAGAUAGAGCUCUUAUAGAUAGCGGGGUCAAGGGAUAUGGGGAGAGGGCAGGAACGGGGUACUGAUUAUGUAUGAUCAGCCAUGAUCACAGUGAACGGUGGUGCUGGCUAGAAGGGCCAAAUGGCCUACUCCUGCACCUACUGUUUAUUGAGUCAUGAAAGCAAGGCAGUUGUAUGAAGCUGAGAUACAGAUUAGCUCAGGUCUAUCAUUGAAUGGUGUGAUAUCAACCAGUUCGCAGCUGGUGGCCUGUUCCUAUGCCUAUAUUUUUAUGUUUCAAAGAGCUGACAUCAACAAUUGCAAUUUUCAAUAUCAGUCUAGAAUAAUUACAGAUUUCUCCAGCGCCUGUUUACUGAUCUUGUGUGAAGCAUCUAAGGGUUGAUGAUGCUCCUAGAACUUUAUAAAAUUGAGAUCUGGUACAUGAAGGUGAUAGUUAAAAUACUUAGGAGUCUGUAUGAAUUGCUGAGAGAAAAUAUUUGAGGCGUAAAUAGAGCUUCAAAGUAUUGGGCAUGGUAUUUUGAAGGUUAAUUAUCUCUAUUCUACAGAGCCACAGUUUAAGAACAGCGAGUGCUUCAAAAUGAGAUUCAACAGAACUGAAAAGCUUGCAGUAGCCGGGAUUUGUCAGGUAACCAAACAGAGGCAAGCCAACAGCUAACAGGAGGCCACAAUCAGGAAGGGUGUCUUUAAACAGUUAGUUACCAAUCAGACACAAUGCUACACAGUUCUCAAAUAAAUAGGACUUGAACCCUGAAGCUUAAUUGGACAAUUUCCAUUUUUCCCCAGCUGCUAAUGUAAAUUAUGGAGAUCAGAUUAAUAUUCUAUUGAGUGGUCUCAAAAUAUAUCAAUAUUAAUAUCAGGUGAAGUUUUCUACUACUCCUUCUGGGUAGAUGAAAACUGGGAAUGGCAGAUGAAUUAGUCUGGUAAAUCACUAGAACUAAAAAAAAAGCUAUGCAUAAGAAAUGUAUUAGGGAAAUGCCACUGCAUAAGGCUUUAUGAUGUGACAGAUAUAUCCUAGGCCAGCCAGCCUAUGGAUUAUAACUAACCAUAAUGAGAUGUAGAAUCAAGAAAAGUUCCUAGAGCUGGGGGCUGUGCCUUAGGCCAACCAACCUACAGAGCAUGCCCAUAUCAGGAAAGUUAGAGCCUUGUGGGUGUAAUUAGUGAAUAGUAAAGGUGAAGCAAUCUCACUUCUGCUACAUACCCAAGGGAGAGGUGGCCAUUCCUUCACCAGAAAAAAGGAUCAAAUGUGCCUGAUACGUGACUUUACCAUUCUGUUCAACUGCAGUUCUUUACCAUUAUAUCAUUGCUUUAACAAGUGUCUCAACAAUCAUCAUUUAUUAAAAAUGAUUAUUUACCAAAACUAAAUUCCUUUCCACAAAAUGAACAGAAGAGGAAAUUUUUAAAAAGGGAAAAUUCUGCCUUAAAAACUCACCCAGUUUCAUAAAUAAAUGCAGUUUAAAUAUUUUUUCUGUUCUAUCCCUCAAGCCAAUCAAUGCAUCAUCUCAGUUUAUCCCUCAACAUAAUCUAUGCACUUCUUCACCAUCUUUUCACCAUAUCCAAGAACACCAACUGCCAAUUCUUUUCAUCAUAUCCUACAAACCUUCAGUGGAAACAUUAAAUUAAAAAGUGACUGUCAGUUCUUAGCAGCUUUAAUGACAUUAAUAGAUUUUGUGGUCUCUUGCUAUCAUUUGCUGUCCUAGAUUUAUAUCUUUGCCUCAGUUCUUUAUUUAUUUACCUCCUGCAGCAAAGAGAGGGUUGUGAAAGGUUAGCACAAGGAACUUAGUAACAUCAGAAUAUAUUAAACUCUGUACCGAAAUCAGUAAAUUUGACCUGUUCAGGGAGCCUAGAGCUUUGCCUUAUGUUUCAGUCAGCUCUCACACCAUUAUUGUGUAAAAUGGACACUAGCAAGGUAGACGGUAUAGUAAGGUAAAUACAUAACAAUUAAGACAAGACAGAGGACAUGGUUGGUCGGUUGUGCGUUGCUCUCAAUGCCAAUUGCAGUUUGUUCAGUGGAUGAUGCUUCUUUACAUAGGGCAGCUCCCAUGCAGCCAGACAGAAAGAAAGAAGAUGGGGUGCGAGCUGGGUUGGACAUUGCAGUACUGGGGUGGCUGUAUCUCUCCAGUUGCCUUUUUCGAGCCGAACUCUCUGCUCACACAUAGUUUGUGGAACUAUUUUGUGGGGUGUACAAGUGACAGUGAAAUAGAUAGUGACGAUUUUGUGCACCUCUAUUCCCCUCUCACCACCCACCCCCUACCUUGCCACUAAUACAAAUUCCAGCACCAACAAAUUGUAAAGGAUUACAAGGAAACCAAGGGGGAUUUGUAAAUAUUUGAAGACAAUUUGACAAAUUAUGGUAACAAUUGGCAUUGCUGUAAUCUUUAAGUAAUAGCUUUAGCACUGGCUUUUCCAAAAGCUCAUUCCCAGGACAUUUGAGUCAAACAAGCAACUUUCCACAUCAAAUUUCAAUCUGACUGACCUGCAACCUUUGUCUCUACAAUGGUGAGCUAAUGGAAUGAUCUGUUUUGUUAAUUCUGUUGUCAGCUAAUCCAUGCCUCUUCCCACAGUGCCCCAGCUUUGUACAUUUUGGAAGCCGCCUCUGAUGUAUAUACGUGAUGGCUGUGACAACUGUAUAAUAUAUCUACAUGCUGUCUCAGAUGGUCAGUAGUCUCUUGAAGUGUAAACCAUGGGUGUUGGAGUUAGAGUCUUCAGAUGUUUGUGAACACUUUAAUGCAUUGUCAAUAAAAAAAAUAAAUGUCUUAAAUAUGCAGUUCUGGACAAGCAAGCACUAAGAUUCUGUUUCU